UUCAUGUCUGCUAACUCUGGCCGGGCGCCCGAACAUGGCUGCCUUGUGGAUGCCUCGUGAGGGGUCGAUUACUUUGCUUUUUCUUUUUUCUUGGUCUGAGGGCGACCGACUACUCUUUUUGUUAAUCCGAGUGCAAGUCUUGGUUAUUGGUUUACGCCAGCGACAUUCGUCAAUGGCCGACAACAUCAUUUGCCUUCAGAAUGCAUCCCUAGGAAUCAGAGCAUCAGUACACGUACAUCAUCCAAGAUCUCCGUACCCUUGUUGGUCAUUCCAGAAGGUGACUAGUCGGUAGAGAUUCAGGCAAUGCCGGCAUAUUGUCUCAAACACGCCUGAUGUAAAGCACCAAGAUCUUGAGUGGUACAAUGUCUUCCCAAUGUCCCAUGGGGCCACUACGCCUGCAAUUACUAUAUGUUUGUCUGGAGGCCGAAAUAAAUACCAAAACUUGUUGUCUCCAGAGCAUUGUAUGACUGGUGACAUGCCAGGAGAAUGCUGUGUCAAGUCUAGACUCCCCUUCUUAUUCCUUUCAAUGCCGUCGGUGAGUCUCAGGGUGGCCUUUUCAACCUUCUGCCUCACAAUUGCCUUGUCGUUCUCCUUCGAGGCCGAAUUCGUCAGCCCAACAGAACGCGUUGGUCCUGUCUUCUUCCCAAGAAGCCACGAAUACCACUUCCAUGACUCUGUUUCUAUUUCCAAUCUGUUUUUCCAGUUUUAAAAGCGCACCUGUUGCUCUUCCGAGGCGUUGGUGCCGUGGAUCGAUGAGGCACCUCUAACGAGUUGCUCAAGUCAGCAACUGAGAGAGCACGUCUGUUCAGAGCAGGGGAAAAGAUCGAAAGAAUUUCGAGUAUUCUCGUCUUAUUGCAGAAUAAUAAAUCUAGAAAUACCAGAAAUCCUCUAUAUCGCGAUUGCGAUACAUCCAUCAGUGUUGAUCCUCUUAUGUAACUCGUCUGUUUCAAAGAGCACAGCUCAUUGUGCCAGUAAAGAUUCGUCAUAAUAGAUUCGCACUGGUAAACCAUACUUGCUCUUCGAUUUUCACUUCCCCGCCAUCCAUAGCAAUCUGCUGGGAUUGAUGAUAGUCCUGUUCCUCCUCUCCCACCAUGUUAAGAUAUCAAAUAGCCUUCAGAUCUGGCAACGGCACGGAACAAUGCAGCAUCGUCAUGUUGUCCAGGGCCCUUGAAGCCCCUUGGCUCUGAAUAUUGACAAAUAUACGGGCUCAUACAGAGACGCAGGUCAUUGCAUGUCAGGCUACAAGUUCCAUCGUGACUUGGAGCUUGUAAGGAGAUGCAUUGUGGUUAUCAUUCUCGACCUCCUAGGGUAUUCAAAGGCAGGUUUUAAUUUCUCAAGCCGUAUUGAGAAACCCAGCAUUAUACCUCCACCGCAAUCACUUAGUUCGUUUUUGCUUUAAAGGUGUUAAAACACUGACAGUUCAAAC